AACGACACCACGCGCGCUAUGGCCAAGGUCUCAAAAAGGAAAGCACAGCUUUGUCAAAAUAUAUUCACGUGGUUUAUUUGCUUUUAUUGCGUACACAUGAUGGCGGCCAUUCAAGCGCCCUUCAAUUGUAUAUUUCGCAGCCACAAUGCGCACCAUCAAGCAAUUUGUUUUUCAUGUGUGGUGCCUUGAGAUACAAUAUGCACGCACGAACAAUGCAUGCCUCAUUGCUGAUAAGUUUCCAGAUGAAGUCAUCGUUCGUCGAAUAAUGGUGGGCUGAAUCUCAAGAUUUCAAAACCGAAGUAUCUUUCUCCCUCCCUGUUGUUUUUUUACCCAAUAGGCUGGCCAGUUAGUAAGUGGGGAGGGUAAAAAAAUAUAGUACACAUUGAAUUGUACGAAACUCACGAACGUGGGAGCCGAAUGUCAUCGCAGUGAGGUAAGGAAGCGCACGCGGCGGCAGGCUAAGCGCUUCC